AUCUCGGGAUUUUCCCUUUGCCCACAAAUAACCCGGCACUCGACCCUCGUAGGUGCCGCAGGAGGUACCGUUGCUCUAGCCGUGAGAGGAAACACCCCUUUCCGAGUGCCACAAUCCCAAGGGAGCUGAAACGACGGUGUGUUCAUUACCCCUCGAGCUAGCGUGUGAGCUUACAGGUAUAAUCAUGGCAGAGAGGGGACAGUGAAAACAAACCUUGUCCCACCGAAAGUGAUCUAAAAAUGAGCAGUUUCAACCCCGGGCCGCGGGUGGUGACCAUCUACAAGACUGACACGGGGUUUGGGUUCAACGUGCGAGGUCAGGUCAGCGAGGGAGGUCAGUGGAGGCCGAUAAAUGGCGAAUUGUACCCUCCCCUGCAGCACGUCUCAGCGGUGUUGGAAGGAGGCGCGGCUGAGCAGGCUGGGAUACGCAAGGGAGACAGGAUCCUCGAGGUGAAUGGGGUGAACGUGGAAGGUGCCGAACACCGGUAUGUAGUAGAGCUCAUCAAACAAGGUGGAGACGUUCUUAAGUUGACGGUGAUCUCAGUUUCUCAGAAGGAAGCAGAGAGGCUAGAGCCAAGCGAAGAGACUUCAGGGUUUUCAUAUAUAGACUAUAGUGAGAAACGAUCGCUACCCAUAUCAAUUCCUGACUACUCGUACAUAGAAACGGCAGGGGACAAGUAUGUCGUUUUCAAUAUCUAUAUGGCAGGGCGUCACCUCUGUGCUCGCAGAUACAGAGAAUUUGCUGUCCUACACAAUAACCUCAAGAGGGAGUUCAUGGAUUUUAACUUCCCGAAGCUACCUGGGAAGUGGCCAUUUUCCCUCUCUGAGCAGCAGCUAGACGGACGGAGGCGAGGAUUAGAGCUUUACCUAGAAAAAGUUUGUGCUGUGAGAGUGAUAGCAGAGUCUGAUAUAAUGCAGGAUUUCCUGAACGAUUCAGAUGAUCAUCAGGGGAACAGCAUUCGUGUAGACCUCAAAGUAUUACUUCCUGAUAAGACGGUGGUGACAGUAACUCAGGCCAAGAAUGUAUUGGCUCACCAGGUAUAUCAAGCAGUUGUGGAGAAGAUUAAUCUCCCUCCAGAGACAGCAAAGUGCUUUGCACUUUUUGAGAUUGUAGAGUAUAACUUCGAGCGUAAAAUAAGUGAUGACGAAUUUCCCCACAACCUGUACAUUCAAAAUUAUAGCACUGCAACAGCAACGUGUCUCUGUCUGCACCGCUGGAUCUUCAACCCACAGAGAGAGAUACGCCUUUGUGCAACUGACGACACUGCUCACACAUGGCUGUUUUGGACGGCUGUGGAAGAUGUGAAUCGAGGCCAUAUCAAACCCACAGAUCAAUUGUAUCAGUUAAAGGCAUUGCAAGAUGUUGCUCGAAAGGAGCAGUACCUCCAGGUUGUCCGUGGAUGUGAAGGCUAUGGUGAUAUAGUGUUCCCUCAUUGCCCAUGUGACUCCAGGAAGAAGGGACAUGUUGUUGCCUAUGUGGGUUACAAGUCAUUUAGGUUACAAGCUUGUAAGGAGGAUGGUACAUUACAGACGCAGGUAAUUGACUUCGCCUGGUCAACGAUUGAGAAGUUUGAAAUUGAUGAUGAAGGCAUGGCAUUCUGUUUCCUCUAUCGACAAACAGAGGACCUUAUCAGAUGGGUGAAAAUUUUCACUCCUUAUUAUCACUUCAUGGAUGAAUGCUUCCAACGAAUCCAGGAAGAGCAGCAGUGGACGUAGGUAGCUGGGAGCGGCAUUUGACUUAGGAAAUUAUUGAAACUUCAGGUGGAAUAUCUCUGAUUGUAGAUAUUGUGAAAUAAGAGUUCUGUUUGAAAGGAACAGAAGGAGAAGAAGAAAUCACUGUAGGAUUAUACAUUGGGUUGUAUUUCUGCUGGUCAUUCCAUUGUGAAUUGAAUUUUUUGUUUUUACUAUUAUUGCAAUUAGGUAAUGUUUUAAUUAUUAUUUAAUUGUUCUUAUUGAUGUAUUAUCAAUAUUAUUAAUUUAGUGUUAUUAUUAUUAUUAUUGUUAUUAUUAUUAUUAUUAUUAUUAUUAUUAUUAUUAUCAUUGUUGUUAUUCUUCUUAUUAUUAUUAUCAUCAUCAUCAUUAUCAUUAUCAUUAUUGUUAUAAUUAUUUUAUAGGAGGAACUAAUUUGAUGAUGUAUAAAUUGAAGUAUUUCAGUUACCCAAAACAUAAAAUGUACGUAAAUACUCCCCUCCCCUCUCCCCAUGAAUAUAAAGAAAAUAAGGAAAAAUCCUGAAAUAAAUCUGAAUACGACUUUUAACUUGACAUCAUGGAGAUACAUGUAUGUUAUGCAAGGAGACGGAAGAGAUAUAUAUUUAGAGUAACUUAACAACGCAGUCCAAAGAACCAUUGUUAGAUCUGUACACUGUAGGUUGUUAGAACCUCUCUUGAGUAUGCUAACAGAAUGGAUGUAUGACGUUACCUAUCCACUAGCUGUGUAAUAGGAAGCUGUUCCGCCAGGCACUAUACAUAAAUGUUUUUAGCUAUGUAUGAAGAUUAUCAAGUAACAUUGAUUUCUCAUGUUUUUAGGUGUUUUUAAGAUAUAUAUUAUUGAGUGAUAAUUUGUGCUCAAGUCUAAUAUUGUCUAUUUUCCAAUGAAAACUGGUCAAUAUGACAUGUACAAUAUCACAGAGACUUGUAAAGUGUAUCUGUGAACACUUAAGGAAAUGAAAAAAAAAAGAGAUUCCCGAGGGAGAAAGUAUGCAUGGUGUGUAGUGUAAUUUGCCUUUGGUUCUUAAUUGAGGUAUGUAUUGAUCUUAUGUUGUUCAUGUACUUGUUUCUUGUUUACAGACAAACUACUAUUGAUACACAUCUAUAAAUUUUGUCUUCAACUUAAUUUUUUUUUUUUCUUCUUUUUUUGAGUUAAAAUAAUCAUUGAUUUAUAAAGAUGUAUGAUACUGUAGCUGUAUGAUUUAGUAUGUGAUAUUAAUUGUUGGUUGAUGUAGUACUUUAUUUUGACUCUGUGAAGGAGUCUUUAGAUUACGUAAAACAAUUUGAAGGUACUCAUAUGUUACGAGGAGUUAUUUCACCAAAGCAGUCUGCCAUGAAUGAUUUCGAAUGCACUCCAGGAAUAGCAUAGUACUGAUAGGAUCUACCUGCAUCUUGCUUAUUAGCCUUGGGUUUACAUGGAGAAAAAAGGAAGAAAUUAUUUAUUCUGUGCCCUUUCAUUCCCAUUCUAUCUAUACACAAGGCUUUGAAAAUGAACAUUGUUCCACUGUUUUGUCACUGAUUCAUGUAUUUAGUGCUAGUUAAUUUUUAUAGAUAUUUUUGUUCACUGAAUGCCAGUGUAGAUGUGAUACAGAUAGCUCUAUUAGACCUUUUUAAGUUGCAUUCAUGUGUAGAAAUAUUGGUCUACAGUAUUAUAAUUAUCUAAAAUAGGGUCACCAUGUAAUACUUACCUAAACUAGGGUCUUCAUAUAUGUUGUUUAUGUUAUUAUUUUUAUUGUUAUUAUGACUAUUAUAUUCUUUUUAUAUAAUAUUAUUGUUUAUGGUAGACAGUCACAUAUAGGUUGAAUCCAUCUUCAUUCUACUUUCUUUGUACUUUUAUGCUGCCUCUUCACCUUUUGACUAAGGAUAAGUUCAAAGAGUUGUAUUUUAACUUCUUACUUAAUAUGUUUUGCAUUUCACGCAUUUUACCGAUUCCAUUCAAAAUAUUUAAUGAUGCUCUUGAAGUCACCCUUCACCCGAAAUACCCUCUUUAGUUUUGGAAGGUGCGUUGUUGAUAAGGAGGAGAGGUUAUGCUUGUAGAAUCCCCAACACUCGCUUCAAAUACCCGUUGGGAAAAGGGGAGGAGAGAGAGAUAUUCCUCGGUCAACUGGCACUGUACAUAAUAGUUUGGAUUUCCUUCCAUUCCUUGUAUUACCAACGCACCUUUCCUUAAGGACAUUCCAUUUUAUAUAAGAACUUGUUAAUGAUUUUAAGCUAGUCUGAUGAAUAUAUAUAUAUAUACAUAUAUAUAUAUAAAACUAGGUUUUAUUGUAGGUAGAUAAGCACCUGUUUAUAUUUUUAUCUUUUUAUUUUUUUAAUCGAUGAAAGAUGACAUUCAUAUCUUUUAUCCAAAGAUUUGUAGUAGGAAAAAGCAAAGGAAAGUUACAUUGAUGCCUAAGGCUUUUAUCAGAUAGAGGACAUUGACCAUCAGUGAUGGACUCCCUCCCCUAGCUCCUCCUCCUCCUCCUCCUCCUCGAGACCCACAAUCCUGUGUGAGACAGCUACUGUGUGAUACCAUAAAUCAUAUCCCAGACAAUCCCUCACUUCUUGCCAGCUCCGCAAGCAAGAAUGUGUUUUGCUCUAGCUCUCGUAGUAAGAACCUCCCACCUUCGCCCAUAAUCGCGGUAGUAUUAUUCUUUGAUCUUAAUAUAUAAGUGUUAUGGAUCGCAGUGAUGGUCUGUGCCAUAAAAGAUGUUUUAGUGCCAGAUGCCAACUGAACAAAGAAGUGUUGGUGUUGGAUGUCAACAGAAAGAGCCAUAGUUUUGAAUCAAAUAUUUUUCUAUUUAACUGAUGAUGAUGAUGAAGCCUCAUUAAUCAGAUGUCACUCAAGUUACUGUGUUUGAGGGAUAGAUUUAUUUUAUCAAUGAUGCUUUCUUCGUCUAACUGUCGUGGUGUAAAUGUUCAGUGAAAUUUAGGUGUUUCGAUCAUUGCAGUUUCACUGGGAAAAAGGAAAACAUUCUGUACCAAAAAUAUGUUAGCUUGCCGAAGUAUUACCUUUUUGAAUGAGAAAAGUAAACCUUAAAGUUUUUCAUGAUUUUGGCACAGGAUGACUUCAGCAAAGGCUUUUAGGUAUCAUAUCUAAAUACUCCAUCCAAAUAUAAACCUAAAAACACGCAAAAAAAAAAAAAAACAUAAACGACUAAAACCCAAAAAAAAAUAUAUAUAUAUCAAACAAAAGUAGAAAAAUAUCCAUUCAUCUUUCUCAAGAUUUUUUUUUUUUUCUUCUUCUUUUCUUCCAUGAUUAUCAUUAUUAUUAUUUUCUUAUCAUUUAAAGCUUUGUAGUCUUUUGCUUCAUCCCAAAAACCUUCCAUUUUAUUUCCCAAUCUAGCAAAAUGACAAGGGAACAAGCCUUUCUUGUAUGAUGUAUUUUGUCCUAUAUGAUUUUUCUCUGUGAACCAUUGAUGAUAUACAUAAAUAUUUAUGCUGAAUUAUGUACCAGCACAUUAUUAUAUUCAGAUGCAUGCAUACAUUUGAUGUAUAUAUAUACAUGCCAUAUUUAUGAUGCAUGGUACUAUGUACCUAUUAAAUCAUCCACAUACACAUUGUAUAUAUGAUGUAGUUUGUAUGUUCCUUUUCAAAGACAAAUAUAUUGCUUCUCAUUA